AUCGAAAUUUCGACGCGAAAGGCUUCAGCAAGAUCUUCUCGUGAUGGAGCCGCCAACGUCAACGACUCCCGAACCCGUGCGAGCGAUCGUUGUCGGUGCAGGACAACGUGGACGGACGUAUGCGCAAUACGCACUAGAACACCCUGACCUUUUCAAGGUUGUCGGCGUGGCCGAGCCGCGACAGUACUGGCGGAACUACAUGGCAUCCACGUAUGUUACACCACCCUUGUUUCGCUGGAGAAUUUCGACUCUGACAUGACGCAGGCACGACAUUUCCUCGCAGUUCGUCUUUGAGGAUUGGACAACAGCGGCAGCGACCCCCAAGUUCGCCGAUUGUGUGAUCAUUGCGACUCAAGAUGCCCUGCACGCAGGUUCUUCUAUCCCAUCUCUAUCGCUCAAUGAUCCUUUGAAUAGACCCCGCAGUGGCGUUUGCGGACUUGGGAUACCACAUUCUCCUGGAAAAGCCGAUGGCCGUGACGAAGUCCGAUUGCCUCCGCAUUCAUGCAGCCGUGAAGCGGAACAACGUGAUGUUGUCCGUGUGCCACGUCAUGCGCUGCAGUCCGUACUCGCUCAAACUUCGCGAACUUACACGCGAGAUCGGCACCGUCGUCAACAUCCAGCACAUCGAGCCCGUCGGUUUCUGGCACCAGGUGCACUCUUACGUUCGCGGCAACUGGCGUCGGGAGGCAGAUGCGACGUUCAUGUUGAUGGCCAAGAGCUGCCACGACAUCGACUACAUCCAUUUCCUCAUGGAGAAGCCACCUCGUGCUGUGUCGUCGUUCGGGUCGCUCGUGCAUUUUCGCGCAGAGAACAUGCCUUCCGGCGCGACCGAUCGAUGCCUUGAUUGCCCCGUCGAGAACGAUUGCGUGUACUCAGCCAAGAAGGUCUACUUGAAUGUGCCUCCAAUCGAAGUCUCACCCCCAUCGACUGUCGAUAUUGGAAGUGUUAAUGCACACGCCGUCGAAGUCGUCCCUCGCAAGAGUACUGUGCCAUGGUACAAUGGGGAUCGCAGCGCCGCGGCGGGCUAUCAAGGCUGGCCGUUGUCUGUCUUGCAUGACGAGCCGACCAUGGACUCCAUCACGGAAGCACUGCGCGUCGGUCCAUACGGACGAUGUGUGUUCGCGUGUGACAACGAUGUCGUGGACAAUCAAGUCGUCAACUUUCAAUUCGCCGACGGCGCGACGGCAUCGUUUACGAUGGUGGCGUUCUCGGAAGCCAUCUGCGUUCGAACGACCAAAGUGUUUGGGACAAUGGGGGAGCUCACCGGCGACGGGCACUCCAUCCGUCAUUUUGACUUUGCGUCACGACGUACGACCGAGUACACACCUGUGUCGCGUCCGUCGACACAGUCCAAGUUGACGGGACAUGGUGGUGCCGACUACUUUUUGAUUGAGAACUUUGUCCAGGGAGUGCGGGCGAACGAUCCAAGCGUCCUCCUCACGGGCGCCGACGAGUCGCUGCAGUCGCACCUGAUGGUGUUUGCCGCCGAGGAGGCGCGCUUGGCCGACGCUGUCGUGCACUUUUGAAAUGUUUCAAGUAAUCUGAUUGGUUGUUGCCAUUUUAUCCGGA